CCGUGGGCGUCUGGCCUCUCGGUGGGGUGAUGAGUGGCGGGCGGAGCAGUUGGUUGAGGGGCGGCCGAGUUUGCCCCUGGGCGUCGCGGCCCGUGGGCGUCAGCGUUCAUGGAGACGGGGCGGUCACGGGCCAGCAGUGAGCCGGGUGAGGUGCCGCCGCUGGGCCCCAGAUUGAUUUUUAGAAGGUGAUGGUGCCUAACCCACAUGACACAAGCGUCCCUUGAUGUUUGCGGCUGUCAUUCCAAGUCAGGUCAGAUUGAAGGGCUGGGACCCAUGGCUGAACGGAAAGAAUUUAUUGUAACUUGAUGAUGAGUAGAACUGCGGGAUGAUGGUGAAGGUUGUCCGUCCCUUCUGAAGAUAAGUGUGAGAGCUGUCACUAGAGAGCUGCAGUGUUAUGCAGGAAACUGCCAAGUCCACAGAUCCUGGUUCCCCACAAGUAAGCCUUCUCAUGUGAUAUAAGAAAGGAGUUCCUGGAGCCAGGAAUUCAUUCUCAUUGUAGAAGACCUAGCCGAGACUUCACUCCAGAGCUUUGGGGCAGAGGCAGAAGAGACACAGUAGAACAGAUCUCAGUCUUGCUAAUCAUCUUGCACUGGCAACGGAAAAUGACCACAUUACAGGAGGCGUUCUCAUUUGAAGACUUGUCUGUGGAUUUCACACAAAAAGAAUGGCAACUACUAGAUCCCUGUCAGAAAAACUUGUACAAGGAUGUCAUGUUGGAGAACUAUGGAAGCCUUGUGUCACUGGGGUAUGAAAUCAUGAAACCAGAUGUCAUCUUGAAAUUGGAGCAAGGAGAAGAGCCAUGGAUAGGAGAUGGAGAAAUUCCAAGUUCAGACUCUCCAGAAGUCUGGCAAGUAGACAGUCACAUGAUGUGGCACCAGGAUAACCAAGACAAGCUUAAAAAUAUGAAAAGAAGUCAUGAAUAUGACAUAUUUGGAAAAGAUUUCGAUCAGAGCAUGAACUUUGUUCCUCUAAGGAAAUCAAGCAGUGAAGGUGAUUUAGAUGGAUUGAUUUUAAAACGUCAUUUAGAUUUGCUUCUUCCAAAAGCAGAUUAUGGAACAACAGAAUCAGAUGACUUUAAUGUAUUUGAUAAACUGUUUCUCCAUACCAGGCCUGAGGAAACUGAUGCUUGGUUAAAAUAUUACGAAUGUGAUAAAUAUGAUAAAGAUAGCUACAAAAAGUCACAGAUUAUCAUAUAUCAUAGAACUCGUUUAGGGGAGAGACUUUAUGAAUGCAGUGAAUGUAGGAAACGCUUCAGUAAGAAAUCAAGUCUCAUUAAACAUCAGAGCAGACAUAUAAGAGAAAUAGCCUAUGGCUGUGGUAAAUGUGGCAAAACCUUUCCUCAGAAGUCACAGUUUAUAACACAUCACAGAACUCAUACAGGAGAGAAGCCUUAUGAUUGUAACCAGUGUGGGAAAGCCUUCUCCCAAAAGUCACAGCUCACAUCCCAUCAGAGGACACAUACAGGAGAGAAACCAUAUGAAUGUGGUGAAUGUGGGAAAGCCUUCUCCCGGAAGUCACAUCUCAUAUCGCAUUGGAGGACACACACGGGAGAAAAACCCUAUGGAUGCACUGAAUGUGGGAGGGCCUUUAGUGAAAAGUCAAAUCUCAUCAACCAUCAGAGAAUUCAUACAGGAGAGAAACCGUUUGAAUGCAGGGAAUGUGGGAAAGCCUUCAGCAGGAAGUCACAACUUGUUACACAUCACAGGACUCACACAGGUACAAAACCCUUUGGAUGUAGUGAUUGUAGGAAAGCCUUCUUUGAGAAGUCAGAGCUCAUUAGACAUCAGACAGUUCAUACUGGAGAGAAGCCCUAUGAAUGCAGUGAAUGUAGGAAAGCAUUUAGAGAGAGGUCAAGUCUCAUUAAUCAUCAAAGAACCCAUACAGGAGAGAAACCCCAUGGGUGCAUUCAGUGUGGGAAAGCCUUCUCCCAGAAGUCACAUCUCAUAUCACAUCAGAUGACACACACAGGGGAGAAGCCCUUUGUAUGCAUCAAAUGUGGGAAAGCCUUCAGCAGGAAAUCCCAGCUUGUUAGGCAUCAGAGAACUCACACAGGAGAAAAACCCUAUGAAUGCAGUGAAUGUGGGAAAGCUUUCAGCGAAAAAUUAAGUCUCACUAAUCAUCAGAGAAUUCAUACAGGAGAAAAACCCUAUGUAUGCAGUGAAUGUGGGAAAGCCUUUUGUCAGAAGUCACAUCUCAUAUCACACCAGAGAACACAUACAGGAGAGAAACCCUAUGAAUGCACUGAAUGUGGGAAGGCCUUUGGUGAGAAGUCAAGUCUUGCAACUCAUCAGAGAACUCAUACGGGAGAAAAACCCUAUGAAUGCAGGGAUUGUGAAAAAGCCUUCUCUCAGAAGUCACAGCUAAAUACUCACCAGAGAAUUCACACAGGAGAGAAACCCUAUGAGUGCAGUCUUUGUAAGAAAGCUUUCUUUGAGAGGUCAGAGCUAAUUAGACAUCAGAGAACUCAUACAGGAGAAAAGCCUUAUGAAUGCAGUGAAUGUAGGAAAGCCUUCAGGGAGAAGUCAAGUCUCAUUAAUCAUCAGAGAAUACACACAGGAGAGAAACCCUUUGAAUGCAGGGAAUGUGGCAAAGCCUUCUCUCGGAAGUCACACCUUAUACCACAUAAGAGGACACAUACAGGUGAGAAACCCUAUGGAUGCAGUGAAUGUAGGAAGGCCUUCUCUCAGAAGUCACAGCUUGUUAAUCAUCAGAGAAUUCAUACAGGAGAGAAGCCUUUUCAAUGCAGUGAAUGUGGGAGGGCCUUCUCACAGAAGUCACAGCUCAUUAAUCAUCAGCGAACUCAUGCAGUAAAGAAAUCCUAGGAAUGCAAUUAAUACAGUCUUUGGCAGAGAUCAUACCUCAUUGUAUGUACUUCAGGAAAUGCAAUUAUGGUAAAUUUUUUAGACAACAGUCAAGUCCGCAUUAUAUGUCAGAGUACUCCUUUAUGGUGGGAACUCAAUAAGUAAGGUUAUGUAGGGAAAGGUUUCAGCAGGUAAGCCUGCUUAUAUAUCAGAAUUCAUAGAGUAUAACGAACCUAUGAAUGCAGUGGCUCUCAAAAACCUGUCAAACCUUAGUUAAGCCUUAUAAAGUAGAAAAUUCACAGCAAAGAGGAAUCCUUUGCAUAUGGUAGAUAUCAGAAAUCCUUCCAGAGGUCAAAUCUCAUUAGUUAGAAAUAUAAGAAAUAUUCCCACUGGGGAUGAGGGAAAGCCCUAUGAGGCAAUAUUUUCAUCAAGAAGUGACAGCUCAUUGUACAUAAAAUGCCCUUAGGAUUGAAAUUCUAUGAAAAUAUGAAGUAUGGGAUAAUCUGCAGGAAGAAACCCAACUAUAUCGUAUUUUGGAGAAUUCAUAUUGUGGAUAAACCUAAUAAUUUAAAGACAUUGGAAACAGGUGUCCCUAGAAAUGAUACUAUGAAGGGAAGCCACACACUUUUUACAGACAUGGGUACCAAAAAUACCCAGUUCUAAGUAGUUGACAGAUGUUAACUCUGAGGUGUGAAUCUUAAAAUAUAUGUGAAUAAAUUAAUCAAUGAAACAUCUGAGUAAGAAAUUUUUUAGUGGCACUUAUGGCUUAUUUUACUGUGUCAUAAUGUGUUUUGUAUCUUGGAAUUGCAUAUGAUAAUUUAAUGUAAUAGGGAGCAUGAAAUGCAUUUACCUUAUAGUGCCUCUGAUGUCUGUCAAGACACACUACGUAUCACUGUUUUUUCUGUUUUAACAAUCCUGUAAAAAUGGAAACUGAUAUAACAUGGCUUAUUGCUGAAUAAGUAGGUUAAGUAAUAAUACCACAUUUGUUCUUUCUUUAUUGCUUGUUGGCAUAGGUGAGGGGUCUGUUGUUACAGAGCUCUCUCUUCAGGUAUAAAAACUAACAUUUAAAGUUUUAUGCUUCCACAGGGUCUGAGAAACAGUUAAUAUAAAAUCCCAUUAAUAAGUAUGCAAAGGCAGGAAACACAGAACAUCAAUAAUGAUACAUGAUACUGAGUGAGCAAAAGAAAAGUGUGAACUGUAUUACUCAGCACUCAGACUAAGUGGAGGAACGUAGUGCUGUGCAGAAUCUUUAUCUUCAUUUAGUGAGAUGUUCCAUACACGUGUACAUAUAUAUCUUGUGUUAUGUAACCCAAGUACAACUUGUAUUUUAAUUUACUAUGGUGAGUAUCAUGGAUACUUUGUGCUGCUAUUAUGUUUUUGGUAUUUUAUAAAAUGUCUUGUAAGAAAUUAGAUGGAGCAACCAAUUAAUAGUCACUGUUUGGAAGAUGUAAAAUAUCGAGAAUUUGGUGGUGAAAAAAUUUUGACAUGUUCAUGGAAGCCUAUUUUGCCUACCAGCAAAUUUCCGUGAUUACUGGACAAGUACAGAUGCUCUUUGACUUAUGGUGGGGUUACAUCCCAAUAAACCCAUCAUAAAUAAAAAUUUCACAAGUCAAAAAUGUAUUUAGUACAACUAAUCUACUGAAUGUCGUAGCUUAGCCCAGCCUACCAGAAACGUACUCAGACACAUUAGCCUACAGUUGGGCAAAAUCAUCCAACACAAGGGCUCUUUUAUAAUAAAGUGUUGAAUAUCUCAUGUAAUUUCUUGAAUAUUGUACUGAAAGUGAAAAACAAUGGUCAUAUGAAGACUUGAAGUAUGGUUUCUACUGAAUGCAUAUUGCUUUCGCACCAUCGUAAAGCAAAAAUGUGAGUUGAACCAUCUAAGUCAGGGACUGUCUGUGUUAGGAAGCAAUAUUUCCACUAUUUCAUCAUUUGAAAUAUUUGUGGUUCACUUUC